GUGUUUUCGUGCUCUCUUUUGGUAUGAACGACUCUUACUAUUUACGGAGCUAAUAGACGAAUUUAUUUCACGAUGGACAACAGGAGACGACACAGAGACUCUCCUGUCCGGGAUGUAAAGACGAAAAUUAAGCAAGAAAGACUGAGCCCCGCGCGGCCUCCGCGAGCGCGCAGACACAGUUCAGGAUCCAGCCGAGACAGCAGCAGCCCUGCACAGCGCCGACGAGACAGCAGAUCACCGGUGAGGAGAAAGGACAGAUCACCGGCGAGAAGAGACCGUUCGUCGGGGAGACAGCAGGAGAGGUCGCCUCGGCCCCGGAGGAGCAGAAGCCCGCACCGCAACACUGAGGCGAGGAUAAAACGGGAACAAGAUGAUCCCAGAGGAUCUGAAAGUCAUCGGCAUCGCGAGAGAAGGGACGAUUCAAACGACCGCAGGCUGAAGAGGGAGGCUGAGCGACCACGGCAAAGAGAUCGAGGCCGAGAACAAGACCGACAACGUGGAAGAAUACGAGAUGCCCAUAUUCAAGAGCAACAGCAGGCUGAGAGGGAACGACACAAUGAGCGGCGGAGAGAGAAUCGCCUCAGACAGGAAGCUCAGAGCGGCGGCGCUGAGGAAAUGCUCGAGUUUGGCGGUGAAAACAAUGACGAAUCGGCCCCUGCAGCCGAGAAGGAAAAGCCCAAUUUUGAACUGUCUGGCGCUUUGGUGGAAGAUACCAAUACAUUCAGGGGGGAGGUGAUCAAGUACAAUGAGCCUCCCGAAGCGCGGAUCCCUAAAAGAAGAUGGCGUUUGUAUCCCUUUAAGAAUGACGAACCGCUCCCGGUCAUGUACAUCCACAGGCAGAGUGCGUAUCUACUUGGAAGACUGAGGAAGAUUGCAGACAUUCCUAUCGACCACCCGUCUUGUUCCAAACAACAUGCUGUUUUUCAAUACAGGUUAGUGGAGUUCACACGGGUGGAUGGCACUGCAGGCAGGAGAGUGAAGCCGUACAUCAUCGAUCUGGGUUCUGGUAACGGCACCUACCUGAACAAUCAGCGCAUCGAACCUCAGCGUUACUACGAGCUCAAAGAGAAGGACGUGCUGAAGUUCGGCUUCAGCAGCAGAGAGUAUGUGCUCCUUCACGAGUUCUCUGACACAACCGAGGUCGAUGCGAAGAAGAAGGAGGAAGAAGAAGAGGAGGAUGAAGGGCUGGAUGAGUAGCUCUCUCCUCAAAGUUUACCAAAGUAACCUGUUUGUGCUGGACUGAAAGUUUUUUUUCAAACAGGACGAGCAUGAACUGCUCAUUUAUUCAUAAUUUCCUUCUGAACAAUGAAACGAUGAUGCUUCAGCCUGCCCAAGUUGUCUGUAUGACUUAUUCUCAGGUGGAUAGCUUUUGUAUCCCGUCAAACUGUGUACAUUGUUGUCCCUAAAAGCAAGUGCUCAAAGCCAGAACUAAUGAAUCUGUCUUUAAAAACAUAUAUUUUGGAUACGCUUGAAAAAGAGUGAAUAUAAUGUUCGUUUUGGUUACUGUAAAUAUACUGGAUUUAUCUGAAGUGACUGCUCGUUUAAUGUGUUUUAGUUUGUAGUAUUUGUGAUUUAGAUGCCUACUAUGUUCUGGUCAGUUGAACCAGUCUCCUAGCGCCAGCAUCUUCACGAUCAUUCAGAAAAUACUGAGAAUAAUUUGAAUAGUGCUACAGAAAAGAUGCCAUCUUUCUUUACAUAUUUUCUAUUCUCUCACAGUGCAUUCAUAUUUGAUGAUUAGAUGUUUUGUAUUGUAAAAUAAAGAUGGAUAAUAAUGAA